UGUUCGCAGAUCUUCGGUAGCAAGGCGGAUCUGCAGCUCCACACGCAGAUCCACAUGCGAGAGGCGAAGCCGUACAAGUGCACCCAGUGCUCGAAGGCGUUCGCGAACUCCUCGUACCUGUCGCAGCACACCAGGAUCCACCUGGGCAUCAAGCCGUACCGCUGCGAGAUUUGCCAGCGGAAGUUCACCCAACUGAGCCACCUACAGCAGCACAUCCGCACGCACACCGGCGACAAACCGUACAAGUGCCGGCAUCCAGGCUGCACGAAGGCGUUCAGCCAGCUAAGCAACCUACAGAGCCACUCCCGGUGCCACCAGACCGACAAGCCGUACAAGUGUAACUCCUGCUACAAGUGCUUCUCCGACGAGCCCAGCCUGCUCGAGCACAUACCGAAGCACAAGGAAUCGAAGCACCUUAAGACGCACAUCUGCCAGUACUGCGGCAAGAGUUACACGCAGGAGACCUACCUGGCGAAGCACAUGCAGAAACACGCGGAGAGGACGGACAAGAGACCGCCGAUCAUCGGUACCGGGCUCAGGCCGUCCAUACACGCGAUGGCGGCCCACCAUCAGGAUCACUACUGGCCCAAGGUCAGCCCGGACUCCGUGAUCAGCGACCUCCACGAACGACUGCCGCACCAUCACACCGACUACCAUCAGAACCAGAACCCGGAGAUGCUGUUACCUGGCCACGGUCACCGCGGCGACUCCCUGGAGAACGAUUCCAGGCAACAGACGCCGCAGCCGGGCGCUAACCAUCAUCCGAACAGCAGUUCGGCGUUCACGCCGAUAUCCUCGAUCUCUAUAAACUCGAUCUCUUCUAUGCAGCACUCGUUGAACCCGUUGAAUCACUUGCACUACCCGGGCAGCCAUCAUCCAGCUUCCAGGCCGUACCUCUACGAAGCGUUCAACUCGACGCAGAAGUCCUCGCCGGCCUCGUCCUCGUCCGGCGUGACGCCCGGCACCACCAGCAACCAGAACGCGACCUCGUUCCCCAACCAGCUGAUCAGCCUGCAUCAGAUCAGGAAUUACGCGCACCAACCGAACCUCGGUAACCUAGGGAACCUGGGGAACCUGGGGAACCUCAGCAAUCUGAGCAACCUAAGCGCGACGAUGGAGAGCCACGCUCUCCUCGGCGGACUCAAGGAGAAACAGUAACUCCGGCUGGUCUUGGAGAUUAGGAGCAACUGUUAUUUCUCCUCGGUUUCUUCAUUCUUCUUGUCCUCCUCGUCCACGUUUCCAUUACUCGACGCGGUGCUUAUCCUCCGAUCGUCGUUCACUAUUCCGAAAGGAUGGAUCAUUCGUCGAGCUACGUCGCUCUCUACCUUCCGUUACCCACGUUCCCCUGGUCCAACUCUUCUCAGAACCGUUUAGAAGCCUGUUCACGAGUGACUCCGAAUCGUUCCUGUUUUCGUUUUAAACGCGGUGCCAGGGGGGUGGGCGUGUGGUGACUGUUCGCGCCGGGACCCUUGAAAGAAUGCUCUUCAUUUCCUAUUUUUUUUUGUUUCACAGUUUUCAAUUUUAGUCCAAGGUUCGUUUUCUUUUACGUUUUUUAGCAGCUUUCUUUUCAUCGGUCGUGGGCUUUAGGUAGCAGAGGGUUCCCGUGUCGAACGCAAAUCGGUCAGGCGACUUUUAAUCGUUUUAAUGCUACCGGGCAUCCAUGCAUGAAGAGCGAAUAUUAGAAAGUACGCUCGCCGCCGUAUCGAUCGCGAGAGGCCUCCCGUAUCCGUCGCUCGUCGUCGAGAUCGAUCGCGAUCGCCGGUCAGCGCUCGCCGCUGAUUAACUUUCACGUUUCGAAGUUAGUUAGAAAGUAACCCCGGGAAUGAUUACCGGGAUAACCGCGUUUCUCGGUAAUCUUCGGAACGAAUAGUCACCCGGGAGACGGGAGAGGAUGAUCCCUGGCACCGGGUUACGCCUUACCUAAAUUACUUUCGCGGAACGUCGUCCUCGGAGUUCCACGCGAAGGCUUUCUUCGUCCUUUAGCGCUCCUCUUCUGAACGAUCUCCUUAGAUUAAUUACACGGAGCCACCUCUCGCGUCCAGAAGCCAACUUAUCUUCUCUGUCUUUGAUUCGUCAUCGAGCAGGACACCAUCGAUGACGCGCGCGCGUACGAAUAUGUACCUUUUGGUUUUGAACACUGUUUUGGUAGACAUUUUAGUUUAACGUUGUUUGGCGUAUUGUUCGAAAGCUGCUUUAACCCUUUGCACUACGAAUUAUGUUCAGAGUUUGUUACCAGCGGCUCCCAAUGCUUUUAAGUGUUUUAUUUGAAAUUUAUCUGUUGAAAUAGGUGUUUUAUUUACACUGUUGUUGUAUUUUCUCAUUUUCAAGUGUAAGAGUGGGACUUGGCGAAGGAGCUUCUGAGGUGAAAAUUGAUGAAGGAGUGCAAAGGGUUGAAUCGUACGUGUUUCGAUUUUUCUUUAUUUUGGAUGUUCGGUUUCAGCGUCGAGAGGCGUGUGCUUUGAAAGAGAGGAACUUUUAGGUUUAAUCGGGACACGGUGACCUGACUUACGACCUAUCUGCAAUUUUACUUUACCGUUUGGGUAGUGUAACUUCAAAGGGAUGAUUCAGCGAGGAGAUCUGCGUUUAUUUGAUGAAUGUUAAUUAAUUCGUACGAAUUUGGUAAUUGAUUUGGAUGGGAAUUGGUCAUUUGAACAGAUUGUUUUAGUCUUGAUCUCGUUGUUUGUUGCAAAACAGUUGAUUUGUGGAUAUCCUUUGAAAAGAUCAAGAACAAAUCAAAUUUAUCUCUUAAAAUAAUGCUAUGGUAGUUGCAGAGCAACUCUGGAUCAGUUCCUAUUUUGAUUCUGGGUUUUAUAGUAACCUAGAAGACAUUCCAUAGAGUCCAUGAUAUGUCUUAACAAUGUCUUAGGUUCAAAAUUAAUUUCCUGAAACAUGGAUGACGAUUUCUUUCGCGAUAACUGUUAGGUUGAAGCUUGAAGACUUGAAGGCUCAUGAUAAAUAUCAAAUUUCUUAUAAAGAAUCAGGUUUUGUCACGAGUUGGCUAAAGUUUGAAGAUUUAACCAUAGUUGUUAGUCAAUUGGAUGAGCUACAAGCUGGCUGUCUUGAAGAUCUCUCUUAAAACGAUGAUUCGAACGUAGCUGUUGCAAAACUGUUGCUCCCCAUCUUAGUUUUCAAGCUUUUCCUCACGUUUCAAAGAGUCAAUGAUGAACCAUAAUAAAUUCCUUGAAACAACGUCCACUGACAAGCUAGCUGUCUCGAAGUUCUCUCUUAAAACGAUGAUUCGAACGUAGCUGUUACAAAACUGUUG